CUGCCGAUCAUUAAAUGACUUGUUAAAAAAUUCCGCGGCGCCCAUUCUCCGCCGCGUUUUGCUGCCGAUUUCACCGCGCCGCCGCCAAAAAUAAACGGCGGGUGCCGGGCUGCAGUUCGGCCGGCCUCGGGGUGGGCGGACUGCCGACGUCGGAGCGGGCAGCGGGCGGGAAAGCAAGUUCGAGAAGCUUCGGCGGAGAAAGUGCACGGAGGGCUGCGCGCGGACGUGGAGGGAGGCGAAGGGGAGAGCGGCGGCAUGGACCCGCAGAAACUCCGCGAUCUCGGCGCCUUUGUGCAGUACUGCAAGGGGAACCCGAAGGUGCUGCACACGGCCGAGCUGCGCUUCUUCAAGGACUGGCUGGAGAGUAUGGGAGCAACUAUCCCCCCACAGGCAGAACAUCCGGAAUUCACAGAGUCUCCGAAGAAAACCGAUACAGAAGAGAGGGCGCCACCACCUUCAUCUCCGGAGCCAGCUUCAGAAAGUGAGGAGAGUGAACUUGAGAUUGAUAAUGAGGGUGUGAUUGAACCAGACCCUGAAGAACCUCAUGAAAUGGGAGAUGAAACUAUUGAGGUAACUGAAGAACUGAUGGAUCAGGCUAAUGAGAAGAAAGUAGAAGCUAUCAAUGCCUUGGGUGAAGGGAAUCUUGACAAGGCAGUCGAAUACUUCACAGAGGCCAUUAAGUUGAACCCACGACUGGCUAUUCUUUAUGCUAAGCGAGCCAGUGUAUAUGUGAAAAUGCAGAAGCCAAAUGCAGCCAUUAGGGAUUGUAACAAAGCUAUCAGUAUCAACCCUGAUUCUGCACAGCCUUACAAGUGGAGAGGGAAAGCACACAGACUACUCGGUCACUGGGAGGAAGCAGCCAAGGAUUUGGCAACAGCCUGUAAACUGGAUUAUGAUGAUGAUGCUAGUGCUAUGCUGAAAGAGGUGCAACCUCGAGCUCAGAAAAUAAUAGAUCACAGAAGAAAAUAUGAAAGGAAAUCUGAAGAAAAGGCCAUGAAGGAGCGAAUAGAACGGGCUAAAAAAGCAAAAGAGGAACACGAGAAAGCACGCAAAGAGGAAGAGGCUCGUCGUGCAGGAAGUUCUGGGUUUGGUGGCAUCCCAGGUGGUUUUCCAGGGGGAAUGCCCGGAAUGGGGGGGAUGCCCGGAAUGGGGGGAAUGCCUGGUCUGAAUGAACUACUUUCUGAUCCGGAGGUGCUUGCAGCUAUGCAGGAUCCUGAGAUCAUGGCGGCGUUCCAAGAUGUGGCCCAGAAUCCAGCCAACAUCUCAAAAUAUCAGAACAACCCUAAAGUGAUGAACCUCGUGGGAAAGCUUUCAACUAAGUUUGGUGCCAAACCUUGAGGGGCAGGGUAUUCUAUGCAACAUCCUAAUUUCAGCCCUUGCACCCCCACCACCUUGCACUACUUGUGUAUCUACAAACCUCCUUCAGAGUAGCCCGCUAUAUUUUUUAGUCUUUUUCUUACAGAUUGAUUUUUUUUUUGGAAAUUAAAAAAAAGUAUAUGAGGAAAAUGCUCUUACACAGAAAAUCUCAUGCUACUUACUGUCUUCAGUGGCCCAAAUCUGUAAACGGGCAUUUAAUGUUACUUUUUUAGCAUACCAAUUAUUGCUAAAAAAAAAAAUAAACAGAUUAAAAUUGCAGAACAGAAAAUUUGAUGCAAACUUGUUGACUGGUUUGAAAAAUAACUUUUUCUCAGAGAAUGAGGUAAGCCAGUUCUCUGGGCCUCAUGGUUCUAACCAAUAUUGGUAUUAUGUAAGCUACCUUAUUCUGGUGUGGCUUAAGAGCCAGGACAACAGGCUUUUUUUGCACCAGAUCUUACAUUUAAAACUUUAGGUGCCCUAUAAUGCUAUAGCAAGCUCGUGCUUCAGUACCUUUGAUAAAAGUCUGUUACCCAAUCUGCUGCAACAGCUAACCCAGUAUAAAUAUGCAUGUUGGGCUGGGAAGAGUACCCUUGAACCAAAUAGCUUAUUAGGGCUUGUAUAGUAACAGUAUAUAUUCUAUUGGAUAAAGUGUACAGCAGUUUGAGAGAUGAACCAGAGGUCUGAGGGGACUCUUGUAAAACAUCAGGGGCUAUUUCAAAGCGCUGUCACUUCUGCGAAGUAAAGGGGAGAUUAUCAGUGUGGCAACUGUUUAUUUUUUCUCCAAGAAAGAUGGGUCCUACUUGAAAACAAUCUGUGAAUAUCUGAGUGGAUGUAAAUAUAUAUAUGCAAAAAAUUAUUACUCUGACACUAUA